AAAUUGUGCAUCCUUUUAAAAGAGGGAGAGACGCCUGUCCCAGAGUCUCUGCUACACUGCAAACAGAACUGUCCAAGGCCACAUCAUCCAAGAAACACAAGGAAGACAAAAGACAACUCCAAAGAGUUUUCAUCAUUCGUGGAUUUUGUACCAGAUAUAGAUUGAUUGAUUGGGGAUUUGGUAUUCAUGGAGCCUCUAUUCGGUAAGCUGCUAAAAUCUUGACAUCACCUCCAAAGUUCUAGUUUCCCAGUUUACUACUCAAAAGCAACAGAAAAGGUUGAAUUUUUAUCAUGCUUAAGUAGGGGUACUCUAUUGCGAUUGCACCCCGAAUCCGUAUCAAAGAUUUGCUUUUUCUUGUGUCUUCAUUAAUUAAAUCCAAUUGGGUUUCUUGUAAAUGCGAGAAGGGAAGGAAAUAUGGGUCCAUUACUUGUUCGCGUUAAUCUCUGAGCUGGGCUUGUCCUCAAGCUGGGCAAUAUCGGCAAAUGGUUUCUUGAAAGCAGCAAACUAUUAGUGGUAGAAAUUAAGCUCAGGGACUUCGAGAAAAUUGAGGAGGAAAGUUAUGGUCUUUUGGUGCUAAAAAUGCCUUGGAUUCAAUCCGGAAGUAAGAUUAGUCCUGCAAUUCUUUUCAUUAUUGUGAUAUUAGCAGUUGUAUUUUUCAUCUCUGGUCUGCUGCACUUGCUUGUAAGGUUCCUCAUGAGGAGGAGGUCAUCACAAAAUUCUCAAUCUAAUGGAUAUCCUGAUUUGUCUGGUUCUGAAGCUUACCAGAGACAGUUACAACAGCUAUUCCAUCUUCAUGAUUCAGGUCUAGAUCAAGCCUUUAUUGAUGCUUUACCAGUUUUUCUUUACAAAGAUAUAAUGGGCUUAAAAGAGCCGUUUGAUUGCGCUGUUUGCCUCUGCGAGUUCUCAGAGCAAGAUAAGUUAAGGUUGUUACCACUAUGUAGCCAUGCUUUCCAUAUAGAUUGUAUAGACACAUGGUUAUUGUCAAAUUCAACUUGCCCACUUUGCAGAGGGACCCUUUUCAGCCCUGAAUUUUCCGUUGAAAAUCCAGUUUUUGAGUUUGAUGAAUCAAGAGAUGAAGACUGGGUGGUUUCAGGGAACGUAGGCGUUGCUGUUCCUUGUGGUCCUAAGCCAUCUGAGGCUGAAAAUAGUAUUAAUGAAAAGAGGGUGUUUUCAGUUAGGCUUGGCAAAUUUAGGAACACAAGCCCAAACGAUUGUGCAAGAGGUGAAGAUAUUGAAGUGGGAGAGACUAGUAACAGUAAUUUGGAUGCAAGAAGAUGUUUUUCAAUGGGUUCUUUCCAGUAUGUAGUUGCUGACUCAGAAUUGCAAGUUUCUUUGUGUCACAAGAGACCUAGAGGUAAUGGUCUUGAUCCGAGGCUACAGAAAGCCAAGGAGAAAGGUGGACAGAAUGGGAAUUCCUUGAAUGAUGAGGAUAUCGAAGGGAAGAAGAUAAACAUGAGAAGUAAAGGUGAAAGCUUUUCUGUUUCCAAGGUCUGGCUGUGGUCCAACUCCAACAAAGGGAAAUUCCAGAAUUCUACAGAGAACCAGAUUUCCAGUUCAAUUAAUGUAAGUUUGCCAUGGACUGCCAGAACUCACAAGUCUAUAGCAAGAUGCCCUUAGGACUCCCUUUUUUUUUCUUUUUUUUUUUCCCUUUCUGGUCUGCUACUUUGAGUUCAUUUUUCCACACCAUUUUAACCAUCAAUAAAAGCUUUAGUUACUAAAGCUUUUGCUUUCUUCUUUUCCCUUUUGAUUCUUUUUGUGUGGUCUACUACCAAUGGAAUGAUGCGUCUUUUCUCAUCACUUUGUGGUCAGAUGGCAAACAUUUACUACUUUAUCUUUCAUUCAAA